AUGCGACAACUAUUUACAACUUUGCUUAUAUUUUGUAAGCCAAGUAAUCCAUGUGCACUUUGGGAUCGCUUUUAUACUUCUUUAUCUGAAGAUUUCAAUUAUAAGUAUCCAAAUUGCAAGUCUAAAGUCAUGAGCUUAACUAUUAGGGAAGUUGAAAACAACUUAGAAGCUAUGGGCAAGUCAUUGGAGAAUUUCGGGUUGGGCCAUUUGAUAGAAGAGACUGAUGCCAGAAUUCACAUCACAAAAGAUAUUGCAGAUGCUUUAGAGGCACCAAUUCCUCCAGAAUGUCUUGAAUGUCGCAGCAAGUUAAAUGCGGCCCAAACAAAUGCAUUUAAUAGCAUUUUGAGUCAUAUCCAAGAUGGCAAGCCUGGAUGUUUUUUUGUGGAUGGACCAGGUGGAACUGGUAAAACUUUUUUGUAUAAUGCUUUGUAUGUUGAGGUUCUUUUUUCAGGGAAGAUAGUGCUACCAACAGCAACAUCAGGAAUAUCAGCUUCUAAUAUUCCUUCUGGGAGGACAACACAUUCUAGGUUUAAAAUACCCUUGAAUUCUGACAUAUCUCUUGCUUGUGAUGUUCCUAAGCAAGGGAGUUUGGCUGCGUUAAUAAAAGAUGCUGCUCUAAUCAUUUGGGAUGAAGCUUCUAUGGCACGAAGAGAAAAUAUUGAGUCCUUGGAUUUGUUGCUGCGUGAUCUUUGUAACCCUGAAGUGCCUUUUGGUGGGAAAGUUGUUGUUUUUGGAGGAGACUUUAGGCAAGUGUUGCCUAUUCUGCCUCGUCGAACUCAAAAAGAGGCUGUGGGUGUGAGUGUAGUUAGCUCUCACAUUUGGCCCCUUUUGAUCAAAUUCCGAUUAACGGAAAACAUUCGAGCCAAAGAAGACCCUGUACAUUCAUCAUUUCUUCUUUCUCUUGGUAAUGGACAACUACAAUCAAUUGAAAAUUCUUAUGUUCAGGUUCCACAUCAUAUUAUUAGCUAUUAUGCUCCUAAUGAAGAUGCUGUUUCUAUAUUGGCUGCAACAAUAUUUCCUGAAAUUAAGGUUCAAGGGUUUGAUAGUAGCAUAUUUAAUGAAAGAGCAAUCAUUACAUCUAUGAAUGAAGAUGUUGAUAUCAUAAAUGAGCAUAUGAUUGGCAUGUUUCCUAGUAUAUCUACUAUAUAUCUAAGUUAUGACUCAGUCCUUGAUGAUAGCUGCACACUAUACCCUACUGAGUUCUGA